UAGGGGAUGGUUUCUAUAGAAAAUGUCUCAUAUCUACAAGUGUCGAGCUUCAAAGACUUGAUGGCUGUCAUUCUAAGGGGGUCAGAGCAAAGACACGUGGCUGGAACCCAAAUGAAUGAUGAAAGUUCAAGAUCACAUUUGAUAUUAUCCAUCAUAAUUGAAAGUACCAAUCGUCAAACACAAACUGUUGCAAGAGGAAAGCUUAGCUUUGUAGAUCUUGCUGGUUCAGAAAGGAUAAAAAUGUCUGGGUCUUGGGGAAAUCAGUUAAAAGAAGCUCAAAGCAUUAAUAAAUCGCUUUCUGCUCUUGGGGAUGUGAUAAGUGCCUUAUGCUCUGAGGGUCAACACAUCCCUUACAGGAACCAUAAGUUGACAAUGCUCAUGAGUGAUUCUCUAGGGGGUAAUGCAAAGACACUUAUGUUCGUCAAUGCGUCUCCCGCGGAGACAAGUUUGGAAGAAACAUACAAUUCGCUUACGUAUGCAUCGAGAGUAAGAUGUGUUGUAAAUGAUCCAAGCAGGAAUGUCUCCUCAAAGGAGAUCGCUCGGUUGAAAAAGCUGGUUUCCUAUUGGAAGGAGCAAGCAGGAAAACGAGGAGAUGAUGAACUGCAAGAGAUACAAGAAGAAAGACUGUGUAGGGAUAGAAAAGAUAUACUAGAAGAAAGGUAUGCAAGGGAGAGGAAUGAUCGACGCAAUUCUACUUGAAUGGUUAAUUUUGAUAUCAAAAAAAAUAUUAGAAGACAGGCAUUGGUUGCAGAUGCUCUGCAGCUAUCAUGAUUAUUGUGGAAAUGCGGUUGAUUUAUCCCAAUCAUUCAAUUUCUUUUGAGUUAUUUUGUAAGUAGACUGGUUCUCAACAAUUGUUGUCAUAUUCAAUUUUAAUCAGUGUUGAGUGAAUGAUUCGGAUGAGUCACCCCAUCUCUAAUUGCCACCACGGGCAAAUGCUGGUUUAAGGCUUCGUUUUGGACGGCUUUUUUUAUUGUUUUCUAAAACGUAGUUUUAGUACAAUUUUUUUUUUAUUUUUGAACUAAAACUUCGUUUUAGAAAGCAAUAAAAAAGCCGUCCCAAACGAAGCCUAAGUAGUCGAGACUGUACAGCUCUCAACGAAGCUCCUGUGUACACAAACAACGGUUAGUUAUAUUAAAGGGAACACAUUGUCUUGAUAUUU